AUUUUAAACACGUUCUCGCCGUCUCCGUGUUUGAAACGGUCUACUACUACACCAUGGUAGAAGUCAAUACACGACUUACUACUUCGCCGUUGUCUGCUAUCUCUUAAAAUAUUUCAACCAUGACUAAAAGAGAAGCAGAAGAACUAAUAGAAAUAGAAAUUGAUGGAACUGAAAAACAAGAGUGCACUGAAGAAAGCAUUGUUGAACAGACUUACACUACUGCAGAAUUUGUAAGUCAGGCUAUUGAUAUCAAUGAACCAGUUGGAAAUCUAAAGAAACUGCUGGAACCAAGACUUCAGUGUUCCUUAGAAGCCCAUGAAAUCUGUUUGCAAGAUAUACAGCUGGAUCCAGACCGUAGUUUGUUUGAUCAAGGUGUCAAAACAGAUGGAACUGUGCAGCUUAGUGUCCAAGUAAUAUCGAGGCAAGGAAUGGACCCAAAGUUAAACAUCCUUGAAAUUGUAAAACCGGUUGAAACAGUUGAGGUAGUCAUUGAUCCAGAUGCCCAUCAUACUGAAACUGAAGCACACCUUGUUGAAGAAACUCAAGUAAUAACAUUAGAUGGAACUAAACAUAUUACCACCAUAUCUGAUGAAACAUCAGAACAAGUAACUCGAUGGGCUGCAGCAUUAGAAGGGUACCGUAAAGAACAAGAACGCUUAGGAAUACCCUAUGAUCCAGUACAGUGGUCAACUGACCAGGUACUGCACUGGGUUGUAUGGGUGAUGAAGGAAUUCAGCAUGACGGACAUUGACCUCAAUACUCUUAGCAUUCCGGGAAGAGAGCUGUGUAGCCUCGGCCAAGAAGAUUUCUUCCAAAGAGUCCCUCGGGGAGAAAUCCUUUGGAGCCAUCUGGAACUUCUUCGAAAAUAUGUACUAGCUAGCCAGGAACACUCUGGAGAAAUAGCGACAGUUACUAUUGAUCAACCUGUGCAGAUUAUUCCAGCUUCAGUUCAGCCUUCUACUCCAACCACCAUUAAAGUAAUUAAUAGUAGUGCAAAGACAGCAAAAGUACAAAGAGCUCCAAGGAUUUCAGGGGAAGAUAGAAGUUCACCUGGUAACAGAACAGGAAACAAUGGUCAGAUCCAGUUAUGGCAAUUCUUGCUUGAGCUUCUGACUGAUAAAGAUGCCCGAGAUUGCAUUUCAUGGGUUGGUGACGAAGGAGAGUUUAAACUAAAUCAACCAGAACUAGUUGCCCAGAAAUGGGGACAACGUAAAAAUAAACCUACAAUGAAUUAUGAAAAGCUCAGUCGUGCUUUACGGUAUUACUACGAUGGUGACAUGAUCUGCAAAGUACAAGGCAAAAGGUUUGUAUACAAGUUUGUGUGUGACUUGAAGACUCUAAUUGGGUACAGUGCAGCAGAACUGAAUCGAUUGGUGACAGAAUGCGAACAAAAGAAACUGGCAAAGAUGCAACUGCAUGGGAUUACACAACCGGUCACAGCAGUUGCAUUGGCUACAGCAUCUCUGCAAACAGAAAAAGAGAACUGAGGACUAGGACCUAAAAGCUUGACAGCAUUCUUUUACACUUAGCAGUUUCUGGUUUUAAAAUUAGAACUGCAUCUAUUAAUUGGCAAUUCAAUACGAUGCAUGAUUUUCUACAAGAACGCUCAUAAAUUUGGGUCUUUUUCACUUAAAGAUGUAUUUCAUGAAUGUUAAGGGCACUCCACAAAUUCUACAAUAUGAAGACAUACUGGUUCUAGUAAAGAGUUUGGGAAUUAUAAGGACAUUGAAGAUCUGUUGGUAUUAUGUUGUGCUCCAUUGCUUAUUUUUUCAGAGCUUAAAGUGAAGCAUUCACAUAAUAUAGAACAGUCAGAUUUUUUAAAACAUUUUGUUCUCUGCACUUCUUCAGAUGCUAUGUUAAUAAAUUUCUAAAAUUACAAGUUUUUGUUAGCUAUCCUCAUAACUUUAAGCAUGACAGGUUGUAAGGAAAACAUUGAUAUAAAGGUGAUUUCUUUGCCCCUUAGCAAGAAAAAAGGUAACUGCUGAAAAGAGAAAUCCAAAUUUAAUUCCAAUAAACCAAUUAUGAAUAUUUUGAUAUCUGUAGAUAAAUGUGAGGAAAAUGCUUAACUAUCUUGAGAAAAUUUGUUAAGCUUAAUGUUUGGCACAAAAAGAUUUCCACAUUUUUAUUGUAGGAAUUAAACACUUGAAAUUUGUCUCUCAUCCAAAGAAUAAAUUUGCUUUCUUUAAUCUACACUGCAGAUAUAUCAGCUGUUUUUUUGCUUUUAUAUUUGCAUGGUAAUUGUUUUUCAGCUGAAGACUUAAGUUAAUCACAGAAAGAAACUCCUUCUUGUUUAGUAACAGAAUUAAAGAAUGGAGUUUGAUUUCCCUAAGUCAUAUAAAUGGUUGUGUUAAAAAAAUUUAAAAAAUACUUUCUUUAAAUUACUUGGUUUCCAAGCUUUGUUUUAAUGCUUUGGAAAUAAAAUAAUUAUAGAAUUAUUGAAAAAAGCAAUAGUCCUGGAAAUUGAAAAUAUUUUUAAAAAUUAUACCCAGUUGAAAUCCAGAAAUGCUGACAAUAGUGCACUGUUUGUACCUGUGUUUUCUUUAUUUUUUUUACUUAUAAAACCUGGGAAUCACAUUCAUGGGUAUAUUUACUCUUGGUUUAUUUGGUAUCAAUAUUAUGAAUUAAGGCCGUUAAAAGUUAUGGUUCACUUAAUCCAAAAUGUAGUCAACUUAAAUAGGAUCUUUAUCCUUUAUCAACAAUGUAUUCAGUUGAAUCUCAUGUUUCCAUAAAAAGCAGUGGUCAUUACAAUAUGGCUUAGUUCUAAGAACCCUAGUCUUAGAGAUGCUGUUACUUUUACAGGUCCACUAGUUUCUGAAGUAUAUUUCAUGGUUUUAUUUACUCAUUUUCAAGUUACUAAAAAAAUAUACAGGAAUAUAUUGUAGUGUUUAAGGAUCAUUUUGGGCAAAGAAAGCAUGUAGUAAUCUUGUGGCCAAUUAAAUCCCCUCACUCUGAUGUGUAGCGAAUACAAAAUAUUUCAAAUUCCAUUAAUAUUUUGUUAUUUUUCCUUUUUCUUCCCCAAUCUGUACAAUAAUUAUAAAGAAUUGUUCAUUUGAAAUAUAUAUCAAGAAUUAAUGUUUUGUUUUCAUAAGAACAAAAAAAUGAUAGUGUCACUCUUUCUAUGCCAAAAUAAGCUUUAGGAUUGUUACUGCAUAACAAGCAACAUAGCUCAGAUUACUCAUUCAUAUUUAUAAGUCUGUUCAUUUUGACUCAGAUUACUCUGAUCACAAGUUAGUUAAUGCUAUUAUAGCUAUUCUCUCAGCUAUGCAUAUACUAGAAUAAGCCAUAGUAAGGAACAUGGCAUAUGGCCUCUUUUUUAUAUACAUUGAUUUUUUUUCAGAAUUUCAAAUUUUCAUUGUAUUUUUUUAGACGUUUGCUGCACUUGUUACAUUUGUUCCAGUUUAUAGCGCUGAUGUAUGUUAAGCCUUGCUUAUAACAGAACCAAGGAAAGGAUAAAAAAGUUAGAAAUAUUUUGUUGUAUUUCUUGUGAGGGACAAUCUGUGACUAAUUUGAGGUCUUCAGUAUAAGGGUAUGGAAUAUUAUAUGUGAAAUGGCAUUGUGUGGCUGUCAGAAGAAUAAUAUAGAUCGUAUAUUCCCAAAUUUUUGUAAAAUAGAGGGUUUGCAUACAUUUUUACUCUUCAAGGACAUGUGCUCUAAAAUUAUGUAUUUCCUUUUGUGUUGAAUGUUUUGGUAAUUUUACAUGAAACAAUUAUUUUCUAUUUUUACGCUAAAAUAUUUGUGCAUAAAAUUGUCAAUAUAGUAAAAGUAAAAAAUAAAAUAAAAUUUUA